GAUCCGCGCCCCCCGGGAGCAUGGCCAGCAACAGCAUGGCGGACCCCCGGCGGCCCAACAAGGUGCUGAGGUACAAGCCUCCGUCUACGGAGAACAACCCCACGCUGGAAGAUCCCACUCCAGAUUACAUGAACCUGUUGGGGAUGAUUUUCAGCAUGUGUGGCUUAAUGCUUAAGCUGAAGUGGUGUGCUUGGAUUGCUGUCUAUUGCUCCUUCAUUAGCUUUGCCAACUCCAGAAGCUCAGAGGACACCAAACAGAUGAUGAGCAGCUUCAUGUUGUCUAUCUCUGCUGUGGUGAUGUCCUAUCUACAGAAUCCCCAACCCAUGUCCCCGCCUUGGUGAAGAAAUUACAGCUCAUUGCACAACUCCUUCUUGCAAAUCCCAGAGAGACACUGUCGGGGGAGAGGAAGGAUUCACACACUAGAACCAUCUGUUUGUACAAGCAGUGUGUUGUAACACUCGGCUAUCAAAUUAAAUGGGUUGUUGUUGUAAGAGCUUUGGUUUAAAAAAACAAUCUGUGCGCAU